AUGUCUUACAACAACGAUUCAGAUAACUACAAUGGUGGAAGCCGAGGGUCAGGCUUUGGUGACAACGAUAACUACGGCUCCAACGAAGGCGAUUACGGCAGUGGUAACAACGACUCUAGUUUUGAGCGGAACCUGGAUGGUGGUAGUGGUGGCUAUGGUGGAAAUGACAACUAUAGUGGCCAGUCCGGUGGCCAUUCUGGCGGCUUUGGUAGCCAGGGUGGCAACGAUAGCUAUGGGAACCAGUCCUCCGGUAACUCGGACAACUUCGAUAGUAAUCGGGGUGGAAGCUCUGGUAGCAGUGGCCUCGGUGGCCUUUUGAACAAAGCUGAAGGAUUCAUCAAGCAAGCCGGUUCCUCCUCCUACAACAACAACGGCAGCAAUAACAAUGGCAACAACAAUCAACAAGCCGGUUCAGCUGAUAACUUUGUUGACUCGACGGUUGAUAAGGAGGUCGACCAAUACGCCCCUUCUGGAACAGACAGUUUUGUGAACCAGGGCGUCAACAACGUGAUCAACAACGCAAUGAACAAGUUUCUGUGA